AUGCAUGUCAAUCUAUCCAGUUCUCUGGCUCGUGGCUUUCUAACGGUGGAGAUCACCCGCGGUGAUGUCGAAGGCACUAUGUUUACACCAGCACCAAACAACGCAGUUUUUGAAGGUCAUGAUGGGAUUUAUGAUCGACCUCAUAUGCAGCUAUCACGGACCUUCAAGAUAUCAUUGAGCCACUCCAACAUUCGGGCUCUCAAGCCUGUCUCCGGUGGGCAUACUAUCGUUCGAUUCUCAGUGAAGUUGAUGGUAUAA